UUCCCUCUGAUCUCCCACCCUCCACCAUGGGCCAAGCCAUCAAAAAACCCUCAUACGCCGCCUUCCAGAACUCUAAACUCUACACAACACUUAAGCGCAACACUGAAAAACGUCCCGCCCCCGACCCGAACGCACAACCUCAACCGAGCAGGGAAGGGGGCCAGAGCGGAGGGAAGGUGGACUUGCACCAACGUCCAGACCCAUUCUGUGUAUCAGGGAGACCUCCCUCUGAUCUCCCACCCUCCACCACAGACCAAACCACCAACAAAUCCACAUACAAAGACUUCCAGAACUCCAAACUCUUAGCCUCCCUUAAGCGCAACACUAUAAAACGUCCCUCCCCCGAACCUGACACACCUCCUCGACCAAGCAUCUUCGACACACUGAAGAGGCCCCCCGUCACCAAACCCACCGACUUCAUAACUCUAUUUAACGAAUGCAUCUGCACCGCCUCGUCCAGAACUCAGGAGUACCUCCUCUUCAAAGACCCAGAGGACAAGUUCCACCCAAGCCCAGAGACGCUCACUCAGGUCUUCCUAAUGACCUACGUCACUCAGAGCGUCAACCUCAACUUGAUCGACUCCUUCAACUGCACGGCCAUGACGCCCGAGCAGCGCAUCCUCCUCGGGGUUGACUGGGUUUGGGCAGUACUGGAGAAACCCACCAAGAACCCACGGAUCCAGAUUGCUGUGCAGGUCCUACACCUCCCUGACAGGGAAGAUGCUGAGGAGUGCCGCACCCCCACAGAGGCCUGCAGCGAGUCGGUCCAGAUAGCCCAGAAGGAGUCCAGCAACAUGAACAUGUACGAAAAGAUGGUGAACUUCUGCACCGCCAUCGGCAAGGACUGCUACGCCCUCUUCUUGUUUUUUGGGAAGAAAAACGACAAGGGGAAUAUCUAUGGCGUCCUCAGCAACAACUUUGAUGCAGCGAUUGGCAAGUGCAACAACAUUGACAGAGCUCUGAUUGAGAACUUCUUCAAAGGUUCGAGGUAUCUCCAUACACCUUCAGGAAUGAUGCAAGCCAUUAACACGAAGAAAGAGGGAGAGCCUCUCACUCUCAUGAUGAAAUUCAGCUGAACCAAAGGGACUCGUAACAUUUAAUGGCCAAUAACGUGAUGCAGUGACACUGUAAUAAACUUUAUGGGAUAGAAAUGUCAGGUGCUUUUGAUGUAUCAUUUAAGAAACAACCUAAACUACUAAGAUGAAAGUAGUAGAAGGACUUUUGAUCAUCCAGUUGUCCGUGUUCAUGUCGUGUCUGCUGUUUACUUAAAGUCCUGUUUUUAUGCAGCUUAAUAUAGAAACUCAUUAGCAUUUCAGUUUAACUUCUAAAAUUAGUCUCAUGGUCUAAAGUCUCAAGUUUUGACUGUUGGAGAUGUGUUCAUUUUGUUUUUCACAGUGCAUGAUGGUAAAAAGUUACGAGGCAUGUUGGUUUAAAGGAUGCAACUCAACCACACCGGGCACGUCUCCGUCACAUCACGGCCUCAACGCUGUUUUGGUUCACGUGACUUCAAACCGCAGCUUCCUCGAAAAUGAGAAAAAUGUAAAAUUGACAGACAUGACUUCACUGCUGUGCGUGGACACCUGAGCUGAAUCGAGGCUUUGCAUACCUGAAACUUCUCUCCUGCUUCUUGUUUUCUUUGAAUUUGCAUCAAUACAAAAAGUUCAACUGCAAGACGAGCGUACUACUUCAGUAAAAAGUGGUAAUGAAUGUAGCGUUUUGUUUUUUUGGCACCAAGAAAUGUGAUUUUUCAUCUACAGACACAAACAUAAAAAUAUUAAUAGUGUGGAGAGGGAAAACAUUUCUUCUGUGGGGCCAAAAAUCAUUUAUAAAACACUGUUGUAAUGUGACAUGUUUCAUUUAAAUAUUAACACAAAUCUU